AAGUCGGCAAUUAACGUUUGUUUAUUCGGAGACAAUGGACCCCUGUUUCUGUUUUCUUUCUACCGUUUAUUCUAGACUAGACCCGAGUCACGCUACAAAAAAUGCUAUAAGAAAAAUGCCAUUCAACUUGGUGAUAUCUUCCUGAGCAUCAGGUAUAUCCAAUUAUCUCAGUCAUGGGAGACCGCUGCUUCUUUGACGCGCGCUUCAUGAUACGCAUAGGUACACAGCACAGUAGCCGGUUAUUAAUUUCCUCCUGGCGGUAUUAUUCUCGAGGAGUUUUAUACAAUAGUGAUAGCCAUCAUGACAAUAGCGGCAAGCAGUGCCAGUCUCUUAUUGACAACCUGCCCAUUAAGCUAGCAUCCAUCUUUCUCACCAAAAAAACAUCAACAUGAAGCUUCCAACUCCUUCUAGGUCGCCCCAUCUAUCACUGCCAACAGUCCCAGUUCUGUGGGCCCAGAUAACGAACCAACAACCAGGAUUUGUGCAAAAAAACAGACAUUGUCAUGAUACCGCAGAGCAAGGACCUUGCUGACCUCCAUCGAUACCUCAGCUAAGCGGCUCUGCUAAACAAAAAAUACUACGUUAAAAGCCAUGGCACCCGCACCACAGAUCCCACCCAUACCGACCUCACCAAGCAUCUUCCAAACCACACACAGCGCCUUAGCCUUUAUAAUGGCCUCCGAUUUCGAGAAACAGAGCUACUGGCACAAGCGCUUCUCGUCCGAAAAAGCCUUCGAAUGGCUUCUUCCGUCGGCUGAUUUCAUGCCGUUGGUAAAGCCCGUUCUCGACCGGCUUGACCCGGCCACGGCCCGCAUCCUCCACAUCGGCUUCGGGACAAGCGACUUGCAGAAUCAUUUCCGGUCACGGGGCUUCCGCGAUAUUCUCAACGUCGACUAUGAACCACUCGCUAUUGAUCGGGGUCGCGAUCUCGAAGAGCAAGCUUUUGGAGAUGUUCAAAUGCGAUAUGAUGUGCAAGACGCUACACAAUUAGAUCUGUGCGAGAAGUUUGAUCUUAUUGUUGACAAAAGUACGGUUGAUGCAAUUUCAUGUGGUGGUGAGAUGGCGCUGCGGCGGAUGGCUGCUGGUAUUAAGCGUUGUCUUGCGGAUGGUGGCGUUUGGAUCUCGUUCAGUUAUUCAGCCUACCGAUUUGACCUGGAUGACUUUCCGUUUGACGUUGAGGUCCUUGCCAAAGUCUUGACUCAGAAAACGUUGCCGAAUGAUCCAGAUAUAUACCACUGGUGUUAUCUUCUUCGACCGAGAAGAGACACGGCUCCGGAUUCGCCUAUAAGUACGGACGACAACCCUGCGGGAGAAGGCUGAGACGAUAGUGUGCCUGUCAAACGAAAAAUGGCCGUAUAAUGCAUUGCCCGGAUGGAGUCCCAUUGUAUAAAAUACUCAACUUCGACCUGAUGAUGCAGCAGCUGGAUGGAUACUUCGCUUUCGUCCUGAAUUGGACAACCCGCAGUUCUUAGACUUUCUCCCUGGUAACUAGACAUUACUAAUAAUGUAAUUAAAACUUGACACUCUUUUACGAAAUGCCUGCAACCUCUUUUAUUAGAAAGGGUUGCUCGAACUUCACCCUCGCGAGGCUCGAGGGUAGCUAUUCUCUGCUGGUUACAUGGCCAGGCGACAGAAUCCAUGAUGCCAUGAUAAUCAAGAAAACAUCAUUUCUUCCGACUUUCUCUCUUGGUAAGCAUGAAGAAGAAUUAGGCUCCUAGAUUGCACAUGUGAAAUUCUCUCGAGUGUUUACGCGUUUGGUCUUGUGUGGAAUAUUUGGAUCUUGGCACCACUUCUAAGUUUUGUUAUUCAGGUGUGCUGAAGUAAGGCAUGUAUGUCUAUCGAAUGCUAUAAAGCCGCGAAGAAGUAUUAUUGAAACUAAAUAUGGAUUUGUUUAACCUAAGGCUUUAUUCUUCCUGGAAUCGAAGAUUUUGCUAUACCUGGAUCACUUCUGGGCAACAUAACCAACCGCAUGUGAGCUUAGAUAAGACAUGCUUGUAAGGCGGUUUAAACAACACAAAAGC